GAAACCGAUGCCAUUGCAUCUCACUACUGGAAUGGGACAGCAAUCUGGGUCCGUUGUAACGAAUGUUGGCAAUUCGAAAGCGGGCGGUACUUUGGAUCCAACGGCAGAGCGAUUCAACAGGAUAGGAUGGUUACUCUUAUGCUCAAGCAAUUUUCAAUCAGCGAUCCGCUUCUGAUACACGAAUCUCAGUCCAUUUAG